CCCGCGGCUUCCGGUGCGGUGUGGUGCGGUGCUGCGCGUUGACGCAGCGGGUGGCAGCUGGUGCGUCAGGAGGAGACGCAGAUGCCAUAACAGCAUCACCGACCGGACCGAGCUCUGAUCCGAAGACACGAGUCUGUGCGCGCCCGGUACCGGCUCCGGGACGCCUCUCAUGCUCUGUCCGCCUCGCAGCGCGUCAGUCCGGGUUUGAAUCGGAAGAGAAGCGACGGAGCGGCGGCAGCAUCUGGAGCGGAGGAUGCUCUGGGGUUUCCCAGCAGGCCUGUGAAGAAGAUGAGUGUGACAUCAUGGUUCCUGGUGAGCAGCUCGGGCACUCGACACCGUCUCCCCAAAGAGAUGAUCUUUGUGGGCCGAGAGGACUGUGAGCUCAUGCUGCAGUCUCGCAGUGUCGACAAACAACAUGCCGUCAUCAACUACAACCCAACAACUGAUGAACACCUGGUGAAGGACCUGGGCAGCCUGAACGGGACGUUUGUGAACGAUCUGAGGAUCCCUGAUCAGACUUACAUCACCCUCAAACUGUCUGACAUCAUCCGCUUCGGAUAUGAUUCUCACGUCUACGUUCUGGAGAAAAGUCAACACAAAGUCCCAGAAGAGGCUCUGAAGCAUGAGAAGUACAGCAGUCAGCUGCAGAUGAACCUGAAAUCUUCAGAUGGGAAAAAAACGGAGCCAGAAGAUCGAACAAGAGCAGAGAAGACGCCGAGUACCAAGAGCCUGCCCCAGGAGGCUCCGGUGUGUCGGCCCACGCCUCUGUACGGUCAGCCGUCCUGGUGGGGAGAGGAGGAUUAUGGGAGUAAAGUUCACAUGAACGACGAAGCUCACGCAGAAGUCCAGAAGGACGCUCCGUCCGUGGAUCAUCCGGACUUUUCUGGAUCUCUUUCGGACUCCCAACAGAAGAGCGUCUUCCCUUCGUAUCACCGUGAACCGAGCUACUUCGAGAUCCCCACCAAAGACUUCCAGCACCCUAAGACCUCGGGGGCGGAGCUUCAUGAAAUUCCCACCAAGGACACGGACACGGCGCCACCGGCGCCGCCAUCCCCUCCCACCCCGACCCCGCCCGUUGUUCAGAGCCACGCCUCCUUUACCAUCGAGUUUGACGACUGCAUGCCUGGUAGGAUCAAGAUCAAAGACCAUGUCACCAAGUUCUCCACCCGCCAGAGGAAGCAGCAGGCUCCGCCUACCAAAAUCACAGCAGCCACGCCUGCUGAGGUGAUGUCAGCAGAGAGCAAGGUGGCUGAUUGGCUCGUUCACAGUGAUGUCAGCAUGAUGAGGAGACGUCCAACAUGUGAAGACGUUUACAGCACCAAGAGCGACCUCGCCAUGAACAUCAAGACCCUCAAAGGUCACCAUCAUGAGGAUGGAACCCAGAGUGACUCGGAAGACCCAGUUCUCAAAGGACGGAGGAGUAAGUCCCACCACUCAGUCCAGUCUCAUCACUCCGUCCAAUCAGAGCAGUCUGAGGCGUCGCAGCAGACAGGUCAGCCGUCUGUUCCAACACCAACGCUCCAUCCACCACUGCAACACUCUCCGCCCAGACUGGCUCCAGCUUCACCCGUGGUCCCGGAGCGGCCCCUGUCCCAGAGUCCUCCUCAGGCUCUGUCCCCCAGCAUAGAAACACCGAAGCAGGGCCCCCCCGAGCAUCUCACCCAGCAGGCCUUCAUCAUCGAGUUCUUCGACGACAACCCGCGCAAAAAGCGCUCGCAGUCCUUCACGCACAACCCCGCCCACGCCGACUCGUACUCCGCCCUGAAAGCCAAGCUGGAGCGGCGGAAAGGCGGUGAGAGGCCAGCAUCUGUGCACGGCCACAUCCCUCCCACCCAGCAGGUGACGGUUCCUCUUAAGGGCGCCCCCCAGAGGUCGAGCUCUCUGAAGAGGGAGAAAACUGAAGGGGAGGUGGCCUCCUCUGGUUCCUCCUCUCGCUCCUCCUCGGGUAUCAUCAUCAGACCCUUCGGCAGCGUCGGGAAGAAGUCCAAGCUUGCUCAAGAGUUUGCUGCCGAGUUCCUAAAGGAUUCCAGUCAACAGGAUUCCUCUUCAACGAGUGACAAGAUGUCCCCUCCCCCAAUGUCUGCACCACCUGUGAUGGUGUCGCCUCCUCAUGCACAAAUUCCCUCCCCCCAAGAACCUCCAGCACCUUCCUCAGUCUCCUACCCCACAUCCCCCUUACAGCCUCCAGCAAUCUCAAAGUCCUCCAUCCUCAGCAAUACUGCUGGCCAGACCACCUCUCCGGUCCACUCCUCUGGGCCUCCCGGCAUGAUGCCAGUGGGCGUUCGUGCAGCAGACCCCAAAUGUUCCCAGAGGAUGAUGAGGAACGAGGAGGACGACAGCCUGAGUGACGCCGGGACCUACACCAUUGAGACGGAGUCACAGGACAAAGAGGUGGAGGAGGCCCGCAACAUGAUCGAUCAGGUGUUUGGUGUCCUCGACUCUCCAGAGUACAGUGGUGUGAAUACAGGAGUGUAUAGACCUGUAAUAGAUGAUGGCAAGGAUGAGCAAGCUAAUCUGCCUAGCGAUGGUAGCACUGAGGACCCGUUGCAUGGCUUUAUCCCAGCUGCUAUCAGCGGCCCCCCAACAGGCCCCAUACAGGUUCCACCUGCCCACCCAGCUGGCCUGGAAGGACCCAAAUGGGUUUCCCGUUGGGCGAGUCUGGCAGACAGCUAUGCUGAACCUGGUUCCACUCCACCUCAAGGGGAAUGUCUGGAAGAUUUACGCUUCAUGAGCCGAUCAAUGGGAAAUUACUACGAUAACUCUGAGUCAGAGUCCAGCCACAGCUCCAGGACCAGAAGGCUGCUGCCGCAGGUGCCUCCAGAAAAGCUGGACACUGUUCCUCCGAGUAUUCUGAUUCGCCAUGAACCGUACCAAAGCCAGGAACCUCUGGACCGAUUCUCGGGUCCUCCCCGUCCACAGGAUUCCACCCAGUGCCUGUCCGUUCAGGAUGAUGUGGACCCAGACAGUCUGAGCGAUGCCAGCCGCUCAGAUGAUGGACCCGUUCUGGAGAGAACAAACAAGAAUCAGGCCAGGACUGGAUCUGUGUCUCCAGUUGCUGCUGGUCACCAGUUCAAGGUUCCGGAGAAAGUGUCUCCCUCCACCAAAUCCACCUCCUUCUACAUCGGUUCGGAAGACAGUCCAGGAAAACCUGACCGGAGCCCGGUACAGUCUGAGAGGACACGUGACCCCCCAGCAAAAACUCCCCCAACUACUGUCCUAAUCCGACACCUGAGCGGACAUGAACCCAGGAGGACAGGUGUUAAACCCAACAGUUCUGCUCCAAACCUCCAAAUACAGGACAAGGACUCAGUCCCCACUAAAGAUGGCUGCACAUCAUCUAUUGUCCGACAGGAGAGCUUCACCAAAGACCGGCCCAGCGACACUGUCCAGAUGAAGAAACUUCCUCACAUCUCCAGCCACCCGUCCAUCAGAGAUAUGGAGCAGAGGAGGGAGAACAUCCAGGACACGCAUUCUUUCCUUCAGGAGGCCGAAGGAACUCUGUCUUCUCUGGACACCAAGUUUCCCUCAUCUGGCUCUGGUCGCAGUUCAAAGAAAGGAGGCUCCUCCACCCACAUGGAUGACUCUCUUUCUGGGGAGUCAGACGUGGACACAGCAAGCACUGUGAGCCAGGUGAGUAGCAAAAAUGCUCCAGUCAGCGUUGCUUCUAAAAAACGUCCUGCGAUCAGCAGCCUUCAGAAGGAAAAGUCCUCUUCCAGCCCGUCCAUCCAGGAGAAGGGACGGCAACUCACCGCCCGCGAACGUCUGUCUGAAAAACGUCGAAACCAGGUGACAACAGACGCAUCGAGCAAGGCAGAGGCAGCCAAGCGCUUCCAGAUGCGCCGCAGUGCGGGCAACCGCGGAUCUCUGGACCUGUCAGAGGGUCAGCAAGGUUCUGGUCCACACUGGACUGAAACAACAUCAUCUGACCAUGAAAUUUCCCGUCCGUCUAGCCGUAGCAAAAAACUCAUCACUCCUCUUCAGAAAGAAGACAAUGGGAAGACACCUAAGACGGCAUCACAGCAGGUGCUGACACGCUCCAACAGCCUGUCAGCGCCACGCCCAACCCGGGCAUCCAUGCUUCGUCGAGCACGGCUGGGCGAGGCCUCAGAUAAUGAAGGCACUGAGACUGAUCGUGGUUCCCAGAACUCUGACCACAUCACAACACCAUCCAAAGUGUCCGCUGAGGGGAAGAAGCUGUCACGGCUGGACAUCUUAGCAAUGCCUAGGAAGAGAACCGGCUCCUUCACAGCUCCCAGCGACAAUGAGACUUCUUCCACAGGCCGGUCUGGGUUCUCUAACCGGAACUCUGAGUCUGCUGUCGCUACCAGGAAGACAUCUGUUGGCGAUGCCCGCCAAGCAGCUACCAAAGGGGGUGGAGCUCUGGGGAAGCAACCACUGACCCGUACCCGGUCUAGUGGAGCCAAGUACCCCAGCACCAGUUCCCGUCGCAGACAGAAGGGCUCAGACUUCUCUUCCUCCUCUGAAGAAGAAUACGAGAUGAAUGCUGCAACUCCAAAAACCAAACGCUCCUCCCAUCCCACCACGUCCACCCAGACUCCACGGGGCCACCGUUCAGCUGCCACACGAUCCAAGUCUGUGUCUGUGGAGACGGAGGAGGACGAAGAUCAGAACGAGGUGGACCCCUAUCAGAACUGGUCAACGCACAGCGCUGAGAUCGCAAAGCUCAGUCAGGACCUGGCCAAAGAUCUGGCCAUCCUGGCCAAAGAAAUCCACGACGUUGCCGGGGACGGAGACUCGCCAAGCUCCGGGAUGGGCACCACCACCUCACCCACCUCGCUACCCAACACGCCGGCCUCCACCAUUUCUGCCAGGGAGGAGGGGCCAUCUUAUCCAUACUUACGUGGGGUUCGACCAUCUCAGCUGGUCCAACAUAUCCCUGAGGCCAGUUUAAACUACCAGAAGGUUCCUCCAGGUUCUGCUGCAGUCUUGGACCUGGACGCAAACAUGAAUGAGCCGGAGCCCGGUUCUAAGCAACGCCGUCCAUGGAACCGCGAAGAGGUGAUUCUGGACAAUCUGAUGCUGAAUCCAGUGUCUCAGCUGUCUCAGGCCAUCCGGGAGAACACCGAGCAGCUGGCCGAGAAAAUGAAGGUUCUGUUCCAGAACAAAGCGGAGGUCUGGGAGGAGAUUGAGGCAAAGAUCAAUGCUGAGAAUGAAGUCCCCAUCCUGAAAACCUCCAACAAGGAAAUUACCUCCAUUUUGAAAGAGCUGAGACGAGUCCAGAGGCAGCUUGAAGUCAUCAACACCAUCGUGGAGCCUGGUGGGAGCCUCCAGGCUGCAGCCGUUGGGUCAUUGUCUCUUGGUCAGACUCGACCGUCCUCGAAGGAGAAGAAACCCGCCAGCAAACCCCGCGGCACACACCCGACCUCCAACGCCAAUGAAAGCACCAAAAGACCACCUCGUGGACCCGACGGGGCCCACUACAUGGCCUGAACAGGCCACCGUAGCACUUCUGGCUAGUAACUGUGUAUCCACACCGCCCUGCCUAUGAUCAGCCUGAUGGUUAGUGGCUGUGGGCUCAGAGAUCAGAUCCGGUCUGUAGUCUUUAUCAGUGAUGAUGCUUCUGCAUAGAUCUGUGAACCAAUCCAAAGAGUCAGACAGAGGAAUGACGUCCUCUGUUCACACUCUCCUCAGUGUCCCACAGUUUAAUGCAGGCCACUUACAUCCCUGCUGUGUCCCACUUCCAUACUACAUACAGUACCAACAGUACACAGUGUGUGCACUGGUGUGGACUUGAAGUUUGGAGAGUCUCUUCAUUAUGCAGGAGCUUGUCUCGAUGGUCCGUUUCAGAAAGGAGGACAAGCUCAUUGUCCAGGACGGCUUGUGUUCAGUUUCCUUCUGUAAGGCCGGGCUGACAGCAGGUCAAAGCCCCUCAUCAACAAGUCUUCAGGUUGCAGUAACAUUGCCCAGACCAGGGACACUGUGGCCUUUUCCUGGAGCCAGUCCAGGUUUGAUGUAGAGAGGUUAGAUCUCUUUGGCCCGGUCAGGCCAAGCCCACAGAAGCAACCUGGAACCACCACAGAGGUCAGGUACCUUUAAGUUAAGAGACCAAAGACCAGAACCAGUCCUGAUGGUACCACCAAGCUGAUAACUUCUUCUUUGGUGUCUGGGUGAUAAAUCCACAGACUGUGGUGAGUGACUGUAGUCCACGUACUGUGUGUAGUAAUGAAGUGGGACUCGGUUUAUCAGAUCUUGAUGGGCCGUGGGACCCCGAGCGAGCUGCAGCCGAGGUUCUUGUGCUGGGGGUGUGGAUGCACUGACACUGUCUUUGUCUUUGAGUCAGUAAGAACAAAUGUGAAACUGUAACAAUGUAGAACUGCUUCUCCGUCGCACAAGCCGAACAAAAUGUCGUCAAAAUGCAGCUCACGCCGCCGUAGUGCGUGGAUGACAUAUCCACAACCUUUGUGCUUUGACCACAGAUGAUAGAUUGUCUCAUUUCUGUCCAUGUUUAUGAAGAGAACGUCGUCAGAAUGCCGUCAGACAGGAAACACUAAACUCAAAGAUGUACCGCUCUCUCUGACUGAAUGUUCUGCUGCUGUCUUGCUGUGAUCGUGCGAUAGCUGUUAAUCUGCUUCUGAAUGUUGUGAGUGCUGAGUGUGUGUUGACCUGAACAGCUGAUCUAACGUGAGACGUCCUGCUGGUCCUUAAACACAUCACGACAAUCUGCUCUCUGACAUGUUUACUGACUCACAAAGCACAAAGCUUGGGUUCAGUCUGAGAUGACACUGAUGAUGAUGAGACGACGGCGUCGGUUAAAGGAGCAAUAUGUAAUGUUACCUGUAACACUGACACCUACACCUGCUCACACAGGUUCAACACACCUUCACAAGCAUGACAUCAUCAAACAUCUGAUGGUGCUCAGACCGUCUGGUCUGAUCUGUGUGACGUGGAACAGAUGAUAGAGUAAAUAUGUCACACGUGUUAAAUGUGUCACGUGUUCCUAGCUACAUAUUGUUCCUUUAAUAUGAACACUAAAGGAAACGUCUCUGCGUUAUGAAUGAACCUCUGAAGGAGAAAUGAAGCUUUCUUUGGGUCUGUUGAGUCUGACUGAACUUCCUGUAAAGAGCUCCACAUCCAGAGCUUUCAACACGUUUCACGUGACAUUCAUAGAUCAGCUGUCACAACUGGAGGUCAUGUAUGAAGCGUUUCCUCGUUGUGGGACGUGGGUCGCGAGCUGAGUUGAGAUUGAGCUUGAUUGUUUUCAACCUUCAGAUUUCUUGUAAAAAUCUUCCUCAUUAGCCUGAACAUGCUUCAAAAGUCCAUUUAGAAAAAGUGCUUUAAGAAUAAAGUAUUUAACCACCUGCUCGGCAAACGGCAGGAGAUUCAAGUGUGUGUGUGCGUAUGUUCGAGUCCUGCCGCCGUCGCUUUGUUUCACUUCCUUUAUGUGUUAAGCAGCCUCGCUGUACAGAUGAUUAUUAUUAUUCAUGUUUCAGAUGGUGUGCUUAGCUUAGCUUAGCACAAAGACUGGGCACAGGGGGAAACUGUUAGCCUAGCUACAUCAGAAGAAAAAAACAAACACCUACACUGUGUCUCAGUUCAGAUCCUUCUGUUAGUACUCUUCUAUGUAGUACUCUAUGUAGUACUCUAUGUAGUACUCUAUGUACUGUAUGUGAAGCUAACUUUAGCGUAGCAGCUAAACAGUCAGGUGUGUAUGGUCGUCAUGACGUUCUCUGUACUUUAAAUAUAGUUUCUCGAAUAAUUAUUGAUAAUAAUUUAAAUAUUGAUUAGAAGUGUCGUGUUGGGAUCCUGCUUGGCUAACAGUUUCCCCCUUUUUCCUUUAUGCUAAGCUAGGCUAAAAUCUGCAGUGGAAGCCGGAGAUGAAGGUGAACGGUGAUUGGCUAGAGAAACAGGGCGUUUUAGACUUUUAUUUUGUAAAGUGCAUGUUUCCUCUAGUUUGAGGCAAGUUCACCAAAUGUGCACUUUUGGGCUUUUAUUUUGACAGUCGUGGUGUUUUCCUGCUCUGCAGCCAUUCAGAAUGUAUCGACUCAUCACCUGCCCACAGCACAAACCUGAUUAGCUGUUGCUGUGAUGAUGUAACUGCUGCUGCUCCAGGUGAUGCAGGUGUUUUGUUACAGUGCAUGAAAGACGAAUCAAAGCAAACUGUUCGUACUUCCUGUCUGCAGACCGCCGUGUUUCUACAAACGUCCUCAUUGGUUCACUUCAGUUGAUUGACAGAUGUCUGGACACUCACCUGUUCAUCAACAGAUUUAUUUGUAAUAAACUGAUUUCAUGAUUUCAUGAUU